UGUCACAUUAUUUGCCAUUAUAUUUGUCUUGAUAUUUUGUCAAGAUGGAUGGCACCAACUCGUCCAGCCAGCAGCUCCUCUUCGUCCACCAGCAGAUGUUCCAGGUGCAGUUAAACGAGGGGCCCUUGACUAAGCUGGCAGUGGCCAUCGUCAUGUCAGUGCUCUUCAUCUGGAUCAACUGCCUCCUGCUCUUCACGCUGAGCCGCAAGCAGGCCUUCAGGGAGACGCCUCGCUACGUGCUCUUCUCCCACAUGCUCUGCAACGACUCCAUCCAGCUGCUCUUCACCUCUCUCCUCUACAUCCUCUCCAUGUCUUACCUGCAGAUCCCCAGAGCCGCCUGCUCCCUCGCCCUGUUCGUCUCCAGUGCCACCUUCCUCAACGCUCCGCUGAACCUGGCCCUCAUGUCGCUGGAGCGCUACGUGGCCAUAUGCUUCCCGUUGCAACACGCCACCAUUGCCACGCCCGCUGCCACUGCCGUCGGCAUUCUCAUCAUAUGGUUUCUAGGGGGCGUGAACGUGGUGAUUGACAUCCUGUAUGCAGUCGCCAGAGAUGGCAGUUUCUUCAGUGAGCGCAUGUUCUGCACGCGCGAACGCAUCUUCAUGGCUCCGUGGCAGGCCGACGUGUUUCAGGGCUUUAAUGCCUUCUACUUUGUCGCUGUGACGCUGAUCAUUGUCUUCACCUACAUCAGUGUGAUGGUUGUAGCUCGAUCUGCCUCCAGUAAUAAAGAAUCGGCAAAGAAAGCCCACAGGACUCUCCUGCUGCACCUCAUCCAGCUGGGCCUGUGCCUUAACUCAUUUCUUUAUGGCAUUAUCGAGAGAGCCUUGGCUAUGACCAGCAGCAGUCGUCUGUUCAUGGACCUGCGCUACCUGAACUAUCUCUUUGUUCUCAUUCUGCCUCGGUGCCUGAGCCCCCUGAUAUACGGCCUGAGAGACGAUGCUGUUCGGCCCUUAUUCCUCUACUAUGUCAGGUGUGGAGCCCAAAAGGUCAAACCCUUUGUAACCGCACACUGAGAACAUAAUUUGGGUAUCUGUGACAUUCUACUGAC